UUGCAAUUCUAAACUAGGAUGCAAUGAAUAGCCCUGUACAGGUUUUCCUGAGCAUAGGGAAAAGUAUUUCUGUGGAUGCAUAUGGAGAAAUAGAAUUGGUUGGUCCCAGGUAUUAGCAUUUCAAGUUUUAGUAAGUAGCUCGAAUGUUACCUUCCAAAGUGAUUACACUGAAACACACCCUCACGGCAGAAGUACCAGUUUACCCAAAUCUUCACCAACAUUUGAUGACAAUAAUUCACACUUACAAAGAACUUAACAUACCAGUUGUAACUAUAUAUACAUAUAUAUGUGUGUUCCCAGAAGUAUCCAAUGAAACAGUUCUAUUAAACUGAGCACAACAUGCUUAAAUAACUUGACACCAUCAAACCUUUAAUUUGUGCUAAAUGACAUCUGAAACAUUGUCAUUUCCCUCACUUCUCUGGUUAAGAAACUGUCUCUGAAAGGAAGAGACUUACCCAAAGUCACAAAGUCCAUAAGGAGCCCAGCCAGAUGUCGGGGUAGCCUGGGUAAACACUGUUUUUCUGCUGCUGCUCAGUUGAAGCGUUCAGGUGAGCUGGGAAAAGGAGAGCAGGGUGGCCCUGGUACAUGCUCGCCAAGUCACCCAAGCCGUGACUGCUUAGGGGACGCUGGCGGACGGGAGGCGCCGCUCUUGUAUAGAGAGGGGGCCUCCCUGGCUGCUCUGCCUAGAAGUCAGGCCACUGUGGCCACCACCACUUAUCUGUUGGUUCCCCGGGGAUAGAGGAGGGAGCCGGAGACCGCGGAAUCGCAUAUCGCCCCCUAGCGGGCCGUUGUGAGCACACAGCGCGGCGCCCGGGAGAGUAACGGGCCGCGGGGAGGGCGCCCGCGAGGGCAGGGAGCCGGCAUGGGGCCGCCCCGGCGCGCAGAGAUAAAAGCGGGUUGGCGGCCCGGCCGGCGCAAUCUGCGCGUUCCCUUAUUGAUUAGCAGGGUCUGCACCGAGGCCGGGAUGUCCGCGGCGCGGGGCCAGGAAGGAGCGUGAGGGCAAGGGAGCAGCCUGCCCGGCGGCCCCUCUCGCAGUCCCGCUCCUGGCCCGGCACUGUACGCGGGCGGGACAUCGGCCGCGCGACCCAGUGGGUGCCAGCAGCCGGCGCCGCUGCGGGCGCGGACGGCUGCCAUGGGGCUGUGCUGCUGCAAGGACUGGAGGGGACACCUGCCAGCGCCCAAAGGUGGUGCCAGGGAGCAGGAGAAGGUGUCGGCCAACGCUGAGGCGCUCCUGCUCAUGGCCAGCUCCCAGCGUGACAUGGAGGACUGGGUGCAGGCCAUCCGCCGGGUCAUCUGGGCCCCACUGGGCAGAGGUACUGCCCGUAGCUCGCAUGCUUGCCCUCUCGAACCCUUUCCUCCAGGGAUCUUUGGGCAGCGCCUAGAGGACACAGUCCACCAUGAGCAGAAGUAUGGCCCCCGCCUUGCCCCCCUGCUGGUGGAGCAGUGUGUGGACUUCAUCCGGGAGCGCGGGCUCACCGAGGAGGGGCUCUUCCGCAUGCCAGGCCAGGCCAACCUGGUGAGGGACCUGCAGGAUUCCUUCGACUGUGGGGAGAAGCCCUUGUUUGACAGCUCCACAGACGUGCACACGGUGGCCUCCCUGCUGAAGCUCUACCUUCGGGAGCUCCCUGAGCCUGUGAUACCCUUCGCCAGGUACGAGGAUUUCCUUAGCUGUGCCCAGCUGCUCACCAAGGACGAGGGGGAGGGGACUCUGGAGUUGGCUAAACAAGUGAUCAGCCUUCCCCCGGCCAAUUACAACCUGCUCAGAUAUAUCUGCAAGUUUCUGGAUGAAGUUCAGUCCCACUCCAAUGUUAACAAGAUGAGUGUCCAGAACUUGGCAACUGUUUUUGGCCCUAACAUACUACGACCGCAAGUAGCAGAUCCAGUGACCAUAAUGGAAGGCACUUCCCUGGUCCAGCACCUGAUGACUGUCCUGAUCCGCAAACACGUGCAACUCUUCACCACGAGGGCCACAGAAGGGCAGGCUUCCCCGAGCCAGGGCCCACCGUGCAUGGUGCGAUGGGGCUCUGAGGAGGUCAAGGCAGACAGCCAGCCAGAGCCCAGUGGCCGCAGUGACCCUGGCCUGCCCUCACACCGGACUUCAUCUCUGGAUGGUGCCACUGUGGCAGCCUGCUCUAGAACCUCUCCUCCAGGCCUGGGCAGCCAGGGCAGCCCUGCCACCCCCAGCCCCAGGAAGAAGGUGCAGACUCUGCCCAGCUGGAGGUCUCCCUUCUGGCAGCCAGGGUCCCGGUCAGGGAGCCUGAAGACGGGAAGCUCAUCCCUGGAGGUGCCCAUCAUCUCCUCCGGAGGGAACUGGCUCAUCAACGGGCUGUCCUCCCUGCGCAGCCACCGCCGGGCCUCAUCAGGAGACCGGCUCAAGGCCUCAGGCUCUGUGCAGAGACUCUCCACCUAUGACAACGUGCCCCUGCCCAGCAGCCUCUUUCCCAGCACUCCCAGUGUGGCCAGCAUGGCAUGGUCUGGGACCUCCUCUUGCGAGGUAUCAGCCCAGGGUUCAGUCAGCAGCUGCACAGCCUGCCGGGCCAGCGACUCGUCUCCCUGCAGCUCCCUGCACAUGGAGCCCUCCCUUUUCCCCAGCAGCAGCAUGGACCAUAGGUCCCCGGGCGUGGGCCAUGGCCUGGAUGAUGCAGGCACCUGUAUCAGCAGCAGCGAGCCUAGUGACCCAGGCAGCCUUGCCCGGGACCAUGCCUGCCGCUCCAAGGCUCUCCAGGGCCUGGUCACAGAGCUCAGGGCGGAGCUGUGCCAGCAGAGGACUGAGUACGAGCUGAGUAUGAAAAGACUAGAAGAAGGAAGUGCUGACCUGAGGAAACGAAUGUCCCAGCUGGAAGGGGAACUGGACCAGGAAAGGAAAAGGUACACGAUGCUGGAAAUAAAGCUGAGGAACUCGGAGAGGGCACGGGAGGACGCGGAGAAAAGGAACCAGAUGCUGCAGAAGGAAAUGGAGGAGUUUUUCUCAACCUUGGGAAGCCUGACUGUUGGGGCAAAAACUGACAAAGCCGCAAAGUAGAGGAGGGAAGGGCUCGCUUCUGCUGUGUUGCUCACACUUCCCUCAGCAGAGCUGGCUGUGGGCCUCAUGAGGAGCCAGAAGGCCCUGCAGCUUGGGCCUGGGCCUCAGUGGUGCCAGGAGCCCUAGAGCCAGCAGGAGAGAGGAGUCCUGACACCCCAGAGGACUGUCUAGAGCCCAGCCCCACUCGGGAUCUCAAAGCUGCUCUGACCAUGCAGUGUUAGAGGGAACAGUCCUGUGGCCACCAAAACAGAUGGCACCUGGGACCUGAGUAGCCCACCAGAAACAUUUUGCAUUCUUUAUUAAAUUUGGUGUGAUAGCAAGA